GAGCUGACUUCACAUCCGUCUCUCCAAACAGACUUUUGUCUGCCGGCAUUUUCUUUUUACUUUCCCCGUGUCGACUUUAGCUCGUAGAUUAAUUUCCUGUUUUGUUUGCCGGCUAACGGGAUCCAGACGAAGUCAGUUUUGUCCCCACGAUAUUCUUCUACACAAUGCCUGGGUUUUCAGACAGAGAUCGUGGCAGAGAUAGAGGGUAUGGUGGAGGACCUCCUCGUUUUGGUGGUGGUGGAGGUGGCAAUAGGGGUGGACCUCCUCCAGGAAAGUUUGGCAACCCUGGUGAGAGGCUGCGGAAGAAGCACUGGAACCUGGAUGAGCUUCCAAAGUUUCAGAAGAACUUCUACCAGGAACACCCAGAUGUCACCCGCAGACCACUUCAAGAGGUUGAGCAGUACAGACGAAGCAAAGAAGUUACGGUCAAAGGCAGAGAUUGCCCCAAACCAAUCGUAAAAUUCCAUGAAGCUGCAUUUCCAAGCUAUGUCAUGGAUGUUAUUGUCAAACAGAACUGGACUGAACCAACCCCCAUUCAGUCUCAGGGAUGGCCAGUUGCCCUCAGUGGCAAAGACAUGGUUGGCAUCGCUCAAACUGGGUCUGGAAAAACCCUUGCAUACCUUCUGCCUGCAAUUGUGCACAUCCAACAUCAGCCAUUCUUGGAGCAUGGAGAUGGACCUAUUUGCUUAGUGCUGGCACCAACCCGUGAGCUGGCUCAGCAGGUGCAGCAAGUGGCUGCUGAAUACGGCAGGGCCUCCCGUCUCAAGAGCACCUGCAUCUACGGUGGUGCACCCAAAGGACCCCAGAUCAGGGACCUUGAGAGGGGUGUUGAGAUUUGCAUCGCCACCCCAGGUCGUCUCAUUGACUUCCUGGAGUGUGGUAAGACUAAUUUGCGUCGUUGCACUUACUUGGUGCUGGAUGAAGCUGACCGCAUGCUGGACAUGGGAUUUGAACCUCAAAUCCGCAAGAUAGUUGACCAAAUCCGGCCAGACCGUCAGACCCUGAUGUGGAGCGCCACAUGGCCUAAAGAAGUUCGCCAACUGGCUGAGGACUUCCUGAAGGACUACGUCCAGAUCAACAUUGGAGCGCUGCAGCUCAGCGCCAAUCACAACAUCCUACAGAUAGUUGAUGUUUGCAGUGACAUGGAGAAGGAGGACAAACUGAUCCGUUUGCUGGAGGAGAUAAUGAGUGAGAAGGAGAACAAGACCAUUAUUUUUGUGGAGACCAAAAGGCGUUGUGAUGAGCUCACCAGGAGGAUGAGACGAGAUGGGUGGCCAGCAAUGGGAAUUCAUGGAGACAAGAGCCAGCAGGAGAGGGACUGGGUCCUCAAUGAGUUCAGAUAUGGCAAAGCUCCAAUCCUCAUUGCAACAGACGUGGCCUCCCGUGGCUUAGAUGUGGAGGAUGUGAAAUUUGUCAUCAAUUAUGACUACCCUAACUCCUCCGAGGAUUAUAUCCACCGCAUUGGACGCACAGCCCGAAGUCAAAAAACGGGCACAGCCUACACCUUCUUCACCCCCAACAACAUGAAACAAGCCAGUGACCUGAUCUCUGUGCUCCGUGAGGCCAACCAGGCCAUAAACCCCAAGCUGAUCCAGAUGGCAGAGGACAGAGGAGGUCGUGGAAGGGGGGGAAGAGGUGGCUACAAGGACGACCGCCGUGAUAGGUAUUCUGGGGGUGGGAGGAGCAACUUUGGUGGUAGUAGCUACAGGGACAGGGACAGCGAUAGAGGGUUUGGCAAUGGGCCGAAGAGUGCCUUUGGUGGCAGCAAGGCCCAAAAUGGUGGCAGCUAUGGAGGCAACGGUGGCAACUCCAGUGGUAGCUAUGGUAAUAGCAAUUAUAGCAACAGCAAUGGACAGGGUAAUUUUGGUGCUCCAGCAAACCAGGUGGGUGCCUUUGGUAACCAAAGCUUCCAGGGCCCCCCUCAGUUCGGGGCCAUGCAGAGGGCUGCUCAGAAUGGCAUGAACCACCCGCCAUUCCCAUUCAACUCUCAGCCACCACCGCCACAGGCCCAACAGCCACCACCCCCACCACCGAUGGUGCCCUACCCCAUGCCACCACCCUUCCCACAAUAGAUAUGAUAUACGCACAAUAUAUGGGAACCAACAUGAUUUUUGUUUAGUCUUGAAAUCUUAUAGUAUGAUGAUGAUGAUUAUUAUUAUUAUUAUUAUUAUCCUUUGUACUGUUUAACUUUGUUUUGCUUACAGCAGGGUUGGAAUUAUUCAGUAAACCCAGAGCAUUAAAUGGAGCCUUAGACACCUCCUAUAGUGCAACUAUGAUUGCUGCACUUUUCCUUGACUGUUUUUUGUUACAUUCCUCAGUAAUUUAUUUUUACUAGGUAAUGCAGUGUUUUAAGUUUGUGGUAUGUUUAAAGUGAUGUUAAUGAAGAUCAUAUAAAAAGGGUACGUGUGUCCCUUUUAAAUAAAAAUGAGAAAAUUGGAACCUUG